GCCGCCGCCGCCGCCGCGCGCCCCUUCACGCGCUCCCUCUGGCUGCUCUGCGGCGACGCCCGUGGUCCGCGGGCCUCCGCACUCCUGCGACCCCCGCCCGGCCUGUCCUGCGGCUGCGGCAGCCUCCACACCGAGGGGGACAAAGCGUUUGCCGAGUUCCUCAAGGAUGAGAUUAAAGAAGAAAAGAAGAUCCAGAAGCACAAAUCCCUGCCCAAGAUCUCUGGAGGGUGGGAGCUGGAGGUGCAGGGCACUGAGGCCAAACUGGUGCGCAAAAUACCUGGCGAGAAGAUUUCAGUCACGUUCAACAUUAACAACAGCAUUCCACCAGUGACUGACGAAGAGCCCGAAGAAGGACAGAAAGCUGAUGAACAGGAGUCCGAACUUACAUCAGCUCCCAACUUUGUUGUAGAAGUGACGAAAGAUGACACAAAGAACACCCUUGUGCUUGACUGCCACUUCCCUGAAGAUGAGACUGGAAAUGAGGGAGAGGAGGAGAGCGACAUUUUUGCAGUUCAGGAGGUCAGCUUUCAGCCCACUGGAGAAUCAGAUUGGAAGGAAACCAACUUCACUCUCAACACAGACUCUCUCGACUGGGCUCUGUAUGACCAUUUAAUGGAUUUCCUGGCUGAUCGUGGAGUGGACAACACAUUUGCUGACGAGUUAAUUGAGCUCAGCACAGCACUGGAACACCAGGAGUAUAUUAAGUUUCUUGAAGACCUUAAAGGUUUUGUCACGUGUCAGUAGAUUUAAAAAACUGAAGUCAAAAGUCCUCAGAUGUGGGUAUGCUUUCACUGGCAAGAGCUGAAUAGCUUGACAUCAGAUACCAACAGUAAGUUUAACUAUGAAAGAUAUAUCAUGGAAAAAGAUAAUUAUCUAACUCCUUUCAAUAACUGUAUUUCAGAUGUAAUUUAUGUUGCGAGCCAAAGUUCAGUUUUGCAUCAUUCUUGCUGGUGAUUACCUCUCACUACUUCUGCUUGUUUUGUACACUUAAGAAGUAAAGAUGCGAUGAUAUGAAGAAUAAAACUUCUUCAACAUGUCA